ACAAAAUGGACUCGAAAGUAGCAAGACUACCCCUUUUCGGGGGCCCCAGAGCAUGGCACUCCUCCGACUGGACUUCCACUGACGACCGCGUUCGCGGUGGAUCCUCGCAUUCCCACAUGAGCUGUUCCCCCGCUUCUCUCGUCGCCCGAUUCCACGGAAACCUCGACAUCACCACACUCGGCGGAGCAGGAUUUGCAUCGCAGCAGACAACGGGCGAAGAUAGGAGUUGGGAUCUCUCUCGCUACGACGGGUUGGAAUUACAUAUUGCUCGCGGGGAUGAUAAGUUGUAUACUAUCACGCUUAAAGAUGAGACUGCGCCUAAGCGGCCGGAUGGGAGACAGGAGAGUACCCUGAGCUGGGAGUAUGAUUUCCAUGCGCAUGGAGAGAAGAGGAUUUUUAUCAAGUGGGCUGAUUUUAAGCCUACGUAUCGGGGGAAGGAGCAGGAGGAUGCGAAGCCGUUGGAUUUGACUGGGGUGAAGCAGAUCAGCUUUAUGAUGCGCAGUUUCUUCGGAAUACAGGAAGGAGACUUUAGCUUGGAGAUUGUCUCGCUCGCUGCGGUCCGAUUUAAGUAUUACCGCGAUGAUCCGGAGGAGGAGGAGGAUGAAUAUGUGAUGGUGGAUGAAAAACGGGGAGCUAUUUCGGAGACUCCGGAAUCGCGAGGCUGGCUGAGUUGGAUUGGACAGUGUUGUGGUUUGAGCUAAGACAUUGUAGCUGCAGUCACCAAUCGGUCACGCAGAGACGUGUUUCCUAGGGUAAGCCGCGUUGUUAAUUCCGGCUCAUGAUCGAGGAUUUCCUUAGAUCAUUCAUAUCGAUUUGCCAUGCUAUAGUUGGGCACGAUGAUAUCUCUCCCCCUGGACGAACCUGGUAUAUAUUUCCUGUUUAUAGCCUUACAAGAUAUUGAUGCUACCGUACUACAAUGUGAGAGGGGGAAGAACUACCAGCGUUG